AUGUGGUCCGGCUCUCCCCUCAAGUUCGAACACUCACACCAACCUCAGCCCCAGCAGCAUCAACACCAGCAGCAACACAGCCAGGGCGGCCAGGACACAGAGUUCAACAACUUCCACAUGCCACCGCAGGCCAUGCCUUCGACACCAACACAUCACCGUCGCGGCCAGAGCCUGAGCGCCAUCCCCAAUCUCCCUCGAACCCCAAACCACCACCAGCUGCGCCCGCCCGUCUUCCUCCACAGUCCCAUGAGGGCCAAUUCGAACGGGCUGAUAGGCGUGGGAGAUGUCUUUGCUCCCAACAACUUCGAGGACAACAUGGCCUACUACUCGCCCGUCAUGUCUCCCGGCACAGCAUUGGAGAGCCUCAACGAAGAGUUGACAAACUUCGACCUGGCCGGCUUCGGGGGCCCUCUGGGCUCGGUACCCGGCGGUUCCUUCUACGAGUCGUCUCCCAUGCCUUCACCGGGCCAGACCACAUUUCCCUUCAACAAUAACCCGUUCAGCGGUGCUCCAGAGUCGUCCAUGAUCCCGUCGCGGACAGCCUCUCCGCUAUGUACCAGCUUCAGUCCAGGGCCUGACCCGCACUCUGCCGAUAUGCAAAACUUCAUCAGAACACCACAGCAGUCUCCCACGCGGCAGAGCUUCAGAGAAUUUGUGUCGACUCCGGAGCCCUCCCCAACACAUCACAGCAAUCCCCUAAAGGACUCCCUCCUGCAGGCACGGCAACCGUCUCCCACCAGAGAAGCAGUCAUGGAAUCCCUCAUCCGAACCCCAGAUCCGUCGCCAACCCGUCACAGCUUCUCUCACGCAAGCCCGCACCCCCACGGCAAUCUACUGCAGACCGCACCCGACCUCCGGCCCAUGCGAACUCCAAGAGAAUCUGGGAGUCCCAACCGAAGCCGCCAGUCUCCAAGUCCAAACCGGCGCAUGCGCGCUCACCAGCGCACACAAAGCCUCCAGAGCAUCAACAGCGUUGUAAGCCUUGCGGACGGGGACAUGGAGCAGUACCGUGUCGAGUCCACCAUCAAGCCCGAACAGAUCUCGGAACUCAUCGGCGAGACUGAGUCCCCGUCUGCCGGCCCCACCUCAGCACAGGAUGCCAGCACCGGUGGUGACAAGGCUGCGCCUGGGUCCGAUGCCAACAAGAAAUACAUCUGCAAAUGGACCGAAACAGUCUCCAACAAGGACGGUUCAAGCGAGGAGAAGAUCUGCGGGCAGUUCUUCGAGCGUAAGGAGAAUUGCAAGGCGCAUAUUCAAACACAUCUGGACGACAGGCAGUAUAAAUGUCCAUAUGGCUUCUGCGGCAAACUGUUUGUGCGUUCUCACGACCUGCGAAGACACCUGCGGACCCACGACGUGCACAAGAAAUGGGUAUGCCCCUGCGGCCGCGACUUCAGCCGCGCAGACGCUUUGCACCGACACCAAGGCAGAGGCAACUGUAUUGGCGCGCCGCCAGGGACAAAACGCAAGGAGCCUGCCAAGCGAGGCAGGCCGCCGAAGAAGAAGGAGGGUGUGCCGGGGGCCUCAACGUCCUCAGACCCAAAUGCCCCGCCAACGAUAGUACCGCCAGGAGACCUCAGCCAGCCGCCUCAACCGCACCUCAGCGCAACCAACCCCAUCCACAACGGACCGAGCUUCGCCCCAAUGGGCGGCAGCAGAAACGACCCCGCCACUAUCAUGACCACCACGGAGGACGACCUCGGCAUGGGCAUGCGCCUGGACGGCUUGCCAUCUAUGGACCUCGUAGACAUGGAGCACCUUGCGCCGCCAGACCUGGACCCAAGCCCCAGCCCCACGCGAGACGGGGAUACUUGUCACUCAAGCGGCUUUGCGACCAGCAGCCUCGCCCCGAGCCCGCUAGGCGACGAGCUCAGCCCAUCACCCGUGCCGCCCGACUGCGGUGACAGUAUGCUGUGCGGGCCGCCCGGGGACGAGUGGCUCGAGGACCUGAUCUUCAUUAAUGAUAAUUUCGUCGAGAAUGGGUCGGUCUGA